ACAACCUCGGCUCUUCACUUCCUAGUGUUGGCGUCUGAUUCUCUCCGUUCAACACAAGCAGUCCGGCAGGAGGUAGAGCGCAAUCUGUCCGCUGCUCUCACUGCGGGAUUACGGGAGAGGUGUGCGAUUUGGGAACUGAAAAGUUUGGAUUAUGUUUCGCUUUUCACCGUGUGACUGGACGGAGAAGCUUUGAUUUGCUUUUCCUUCACCUGGAAGCAUAAAGUCUGCGCCGCGGCCGCACAUCGGGCCUACCUGUGCGGUCUUGUCCUCACCUCAAGGAGGGAGGGCGCGACGCGACCGGCGGAUAAGGGAUCUAAACGCCGAAAUGUCGACGAACGAAAGAGCAAUCCGAGCUCUUAAAGAGAUUCUGCAAAAGCCGGGAAAUGACGUCUGCGCAGACUGCGGCGCGCUGGAUCCGGGCUGGGGCUCCUGCACCCUUGGUGUGUUCAUCUGUCUGGAUUGCUCUGGAAUCCAUCGCAACAUCCCUGAAAUCUCCAAAGUCAAGUCCCUGAGACUGUCCCACUGGGAGGACCAGGAGGCUCAGUUCAUGGCUGAAAAUGGAAAUGAGCUAAUGAAGGCAAAAUAUGAGGCGAAUGUUCCUGCCUACUACUACAAACCAACCCACAAGGACUGCCAGGUGCUGAGAGAGCAGUGGAUCAGAGCGAAGUACGAGAGGAAAGAGUUCUCGAAACCUGGGAAGAGCUUGACGUAUGAAUCAGAAACGAGAGAGGGCACGUUGCUGAAAAGGGGGCGGGACAAGGGGCAGUUUCUGAGCAGGCGAUUCGUCCUUUCUGAAAGAGAGGGCAGUCUGAAGUACUACACCAACGCUAAGGAGCCCAAAGCAGUGAUUAAGGUGGACACUAUCAAUGCGACAUUCCAGCCAGAAAAGAUCGGAAAUCCCAACGGCCUGCAGAUCACCUACCUCAAAGACUACAGCACCCGGAAUAUCUUUGUGUAUCACGACAGUGGCAAGGAAAUUGUUGACUGGUUUAAUUCAAUCCGUGCCAUUCAGCUUCAGUAUCUAAGAGUGGCCUUUCCCGGCGCAACUGAUGCUGAGCUCGUACCCAAACUUACUCGAAACUUUGUCAAAGAAGGAUACAUGGAAAAAACCGGCCCCAGGCAAACAGAAGGCUUCAAGAAGCGCUGGUUCACACUGGAUCAGAGACGGCUGAUGUACUUCAAAGAUCCACUGGAUGCCUUCGCUAAAGGUGAGGUAUUCCUGGGGAACAAUGACAACCAUUACAGUGCUUCUGCCGGCUUACCGGCUGGGACCCACUGCAACGGCGCUUGGCAAUAUGGCAUCACUAUAGAAACACCUGACCGCUCCUUCCUGUUUACAUGCGAGACGGAGAGUGACCAACAGGAUUGGCUGAAGCACUUCAAGAAUGUCAUGAACACUCAGAUGUCCCCUCAGGAUUACACAAUGGAGGCCUUGUUAAAGCACCGACACUGACAGACCUGCGGCCGUUUCUCCCCUCAACACCCACCAUCAGUCUGACAGGCCCAACACCGACCCUGCUACUCACAAGCUGGCGCACGUCACAUUAUCCCAAAAAUGUGGACUUCUGAAUUAAAAGUGAGAACAAAUUUA